CGCCAGGUCAUUUAAGGUGGCUCGCCAGAUCAUUUAAGGUGGACCGCCAGAUCUUUUAAGGUGGACCGCCAGGUCAUUUAACGUGGACCGCCAGGUCAUUUAACGUGGACCGCCAGGUCAUUUAAGGUGGACCGCCAGAUCAUUUAACGUGGACCGCCAGAUCAUUUAACGUGGACCGCUAGAUCAUUUAAGGUGGACCGACCGCCAGAUCAUUUAAGGUGGACCGCCAGGUCAUUUAAGGUGGACCGCCAGCUCAUUUAAGGUGGACCGCCAGCUCAUUUAAGGUGGACCACCAGCUCAUUUAAGGUGGACCGCCAGAUCAUUUAAGGUGGACCGCCAGGUCAUUUAAUGUGGCUCGCCAGAUCUUUUAAGGUGGCCCCCUCACUUAAUUUUAAUGUGGCUCGCCAGGUCAUUUAAGGUGGCUCGCCAGAUCAUUAAAUGUGGCUCGCAAAGUCAUUUAAGGUGACUCGUCAAGUCAUUUAAGGUGGCUCGCCAGGUCAUUCAGGGUGGCUCGCCAGGUCAUUUAAAGGGGACUUCCAGGUCAUUUAAUGUGGCACGCCAUCUAAGGCUGAUUUAAAGGGGACUUCCAGGUCAUUUAAUGUGGCACGCCAUCUAAGGCUGAAACGACGUAGUCGACGUCAUCGGUUACGUAAAUACGUCGACGUCAUUUUUGUGCGUCGGCGCGUCGCAUAUUUACGUCACACCACUGUCAUGGCGGAGCGCAGAGCAAACGAUGCGAGCGAGGGGAAAAAAACACGCCAAAAGUCGUCAAAAGUGUGGGAGUAUUUUAAUAAACGGCCUAAUAAUGUUGUUUUAUGCACACUGUGUCGAGCGGAAAUGGCGUAUCACAGCAGCACAACGGCUAUGAACGAGCAUCUAAAAAGAAAACAUCCGACAGCGUUCUUCCCAUCACCAUCAACGAGUCAAUCAUCCGCCAAACGACAAAGCAGUGUCCAGGAUUUUUUUCCAAAGAGGCAUGGGACUGAAUGCACACCGCAAGUGGCCGCUGACCUGACUGAUGGUGUCCUGGAAAUGAUGGUCAUAGACAUGAGGCCAUUAAAUAUGGUAGAAGGGGAAGGGUUUCAAAAAAUGAUCAAACGGUUUCACUCUGGCUACACACUACCAUCAAGAACCCACUUCACUAAGCUUAUGGAGCAAAAAUACACAAAGAAAAUGAAUGAAGUCAAAGCAAUCCUGAAAAAUGUGAAAGGAAAACUGACACUCACAACUGAUGCAUGGACAAGUAUGGCCACUGAAGCUUACCUUGGUGUCACCAUUCACUUUGUUAAUGAUGAGUGGGAGCUUACCUCAAUUAACUUGACAACAAUGCCCCUCAAUGAAAAGCACACUGCAGAAAACAUUGCCUCUUGGAUUGAGGAUGUUGUCAAUAAGUUUGAAAUAAACAUAAAACUAGUACAAGUCAUUGUACAUGACAAUGCUGCAAAUGUUGUUGCAGCUUUAAGAGUUCUUGAGGAAAGACAUGGUGUUUCAUCCCUCAGAUGUGUUGGCCAUACUCUACAGCUUGUAGUUAACCAUGCUCUAAAGGACAACCACAUCAGCAGAGCUUUAGGAGCAGCAAGAAGUUUGGUCGAGCACUUCAGAAAAAGUGAGCUAUCCAGUACAAAACUAAAGGUUAAGCAAAAACAAAUGGGUUCUCCAGACCACAGCCUCAUACAAGAUGUGUCUGUGAGAUGGAACAGUUCCUUUUACAUGAUUAGUUGCCUGCUUGAGCAGAGGUGGCCAAUAACAGCAACUCUGUCAGAUCCGGAGGUCACUCAAAGAGGGAAGCAUUUUCUGGAUCUUAAGGCUGACCAGUGGAGCUUGCUUGAAGAACUUGAACAAGUUCUGAAACCUUUUGAAUGUGCAACUGUGUACCUGAGUGGAGAAUCUUAUGUAACAGUUUCCGCUGUCCCUCUGCUGGUCAAAGGGCUUCGGAAGGCUACACAAACUGCUUUUGAAAAUGCAUCAAUCAAGUGUUUCCAGGUCACUGCUGCACGUGAGAUAACAUCCAGGUGGGAAGCCGAGACCACAUUCAAAGAUGAUGGACCAAAUGUGUGCAUAUUAGCAGCUGCACUUGACCCACGAUUCAGGAAGCUGAAAUUCCUGACUGCAGAUGAGUGUUUAAAAGUUCAAUACAAGCUGCAUGCAAUAGUUCUGGAGGAGAAAAGAAGGGAAAAGGAGACACACGCUCAACAGGGCACAGCAAUGCAAGUGGAAAGACCAGAUGCUGACAGGCGGCCUGUAUCUUUACUAGACACACUUCUUGGCUCAGAUUCAGAUGAACUCAGCAACAAUGAGGAAGACAACAAUGACAGUAAUGAUGCUGAAAUGGUCAGAAACGAGUUAGUGUCUUAUUUUGGAGAAUCCCCCAUUUCCAAGGAUGAAAACCCAUUAAAAUGGUGGAAAGAACAUCAGGCAAGGUUUCCAAAUCUGGCAAUGCUGGCUCGGUCUUACCUCUCAGUUCCAGCCACAUCGACCCCUUCUGAGCGCCUAUUUUCAGCUGCUGGGAAUAUUGUAAACAAGAAAAGAACCAGCCUCACCCCAGAGCAUGUAGACAUGCUAACCUUUCUUCAUUACAACUGUUAGUCACUCACUGGAAUGAGUAGAAUUGGUUAUAGUGUACUGUGUUGGACUGGAUGUUUAUUUUGCACAUUUUAAAAGCAAUACUUAAUGUUUACAGUGCUCCAGAAUAUUUAGAUUGGCACAAAUGUUUACAGUGUUACAGAAUGUUUUGCCAUGUUUUCAAUGUUGACUGAGUGGCCAUACUUUUUUUUUUUGGAAAUAAAAGCCAUGCCUUUUGAAAAAACU